GGUCACGUGACAGCCCCCUGCGCGCCCCUGUGUGCUCGUGCGCUCAGCAGAUCCUCGAACCUGCACCAUUGAAGCGCUUCGUCCGCAUUUCCAGUCAACAGAGCCGCCAGAAACAACCGUGAAACGCCAUUUAUUUACCUCCAGCGGAGAUGGAGCGGGUGGAGGCCGAGUUCUGCAGCAUGGAGAACCCGCUGGUCGGGGAAAUGAAGCGCUUCUGCAGGAACAUCACUGAAGCCUGCAAUGAGCUGAAGGAGGAGCUGACGCCGUACAGGAAUGAGCGAUUCUACAGAUUGGCCCCGAUGCGUCUCUACACUCUCUCCAAGAGACACUUCGUGCUGGUGUUUGUGGUCUUCUUCUUCUGCUUCGGCCUCUCCACCCUCAUCGGUUUGUCAGGACCAAAGAUCAUAAGUGAGAAUCAUUACAACGGGCUGAGCGUCAGCCCCAACGGCUCCAAGAUCGGCCCGUUUGCCUUCUCAUCUCCGCCGCUGUCCAACUAUAACCAGCAGCUGUGGCUCACGUGCAUCAUUGAGCUUCAGAACAACAUUGUAGAUCUGAGCUGGCGGGAGUUCGGGAUGAAUGUGGAGCUGCAGGGUGUGGUGCAGGACACCAGUGUGAUGCGCAUCAGUGACAACGUGCACAACAGGAACAGAAGCCUGCACUGCUCCGCUCAUCAGCAGGCGUGUGAUGAGAUCAUCGUCCUGCAUCUGGGUUAUCUGAACUACACUCAGUACAAGAUCAACGUCAGCUUCAGGAAUCUGCAGGACGACCUCAAGGACAACAUCAAGAAUGUGACUUUUGUGUUUAAGAUGUACCAGGACACCUUCUCUCAGAUGGAGAUCUGGUUCCGCUUUGUGUUUGUGGUGAUGACCUUUAUAGUCACUUGUAUGUUUGCGCACUCUCUGAGGAAGUUCUCCAUGAGGGAUUGGGGAAUCGAGCAGAAGUGGAUGUCCAUCCUCUUGCCGCUGCUGCUGCUCUACAAUGACCCGUUCUUCCCGCUGUCGUUCCUGGUCAACAGCUGGUUUCCAGGAACUCUGGAUGCAUUUCUCCAGGCUGUGUUUCUGUGCGCGCUGCUGCUGUUCUGGCUGUGUGUUUACCACGGUAUCAGAGUUCAGGGUGAGAGGCGGUUUCUGACUUUUUACCUGCCCAAGCUGCUGAUGGUGGGCCUGCUGUGGUUAUCAGCCGUAACGCUGGGAAUCUGGCAGACGGUGAAUGAGCUGCAGGAUCCUACAUAUCAGUAUAAAGUGGACAUCCAGAACUUCCAGGGCAUGAAGAUCUUCUUCCUGCUGGUGGUGUGUGUGUAUGUGCUGUAUCUGGUGUUUCUGGUGGUCCGCGCCUGCUCAGAGCUGAAGAAUAUGCCAUAUUCAGAUCUGAGGCUCAAGUUCCUGACGGCACUGACACUGGUGGUGCUGGUGAUCAGUGUGAUCAUCCUCUACCUGCGGUUCGGCUCCAAGGCGCUACAAGACAACUUCGUAGCUGAACUGUCAACUCACUACCAGAACUCAGCCGAGUUUCUCUCCUUCUACGGUCUGCUGAACUUCUAUCUCUACACACUAGCGUUCGUUUACUCGCCCUCCAAAAACGCUCUUUACGAUUCACAGCUGAAGGACAAUCCUGCGUUCUCCAUGCUCAAUGACUCUGAUGAUGAAGUGAUUUAUGGGAGCGAUUAUGAAGAAAUGCCUCUUCAAAACGGACGCGCCAUCAAAGCCACGGCCAAAUACCAGGACGAGAGCGACAGCGACUGAAGCCGUGUCUUAAACUGAGUGUAAAUAUACAGGCCAGAAGUCUAUUUUUAAAGCUGUGGUGUUGAAUGUAACUCCUGAUGUGGAUCUGACAGUAGGAAAGCCACAGAUCUGAUGGAGAAAAAUCCAAACACUGUUCAGGUGAAUGCGCACAACCAACAUUUCAGGUUAUAUUCCAGCUCAAAGCACUUCAUAUUUGGAGGAAAGAUAUUAUAUAUGUUUUGUUCUGUCACAUUUACAUCAUGAAAUGAACAUAUUUAUAAGUGAUAUCUGCAUGCAUUACAUUUAGGAUUAUAAAUUAUACAUUUAUUUUGUAAUAUAACAAUGAAUGCACAUAUUAAAACUAUUUAGUUGUAGAUUUUACUGCACUUUAAAAGAAAUGUAAUGUAACGGCUCCAUAAAACGAAAAAAGCAUGCACAUAAUUUAUUUUAUAUAUUAAAUAUUUUAUUUUAAUAAAUCAAAUGUAUUAUAAAUUGAAUUAUAAAUUACUACAUAAUAAGAUAUUAUAAAAAACAGAGUAAUAAUAAUAAUAAUAAAUACUUGAAAUAAUCAUAGAUAUAUUCUCUGUAUUGAGCUUUUGGGCUGAAAUAUAACCUUCAUAUCUCUUGCCAGCAUUCACUUGAUAUUUCCUUAAUAUUUUCUGCCAUCAGGCUAGAGUCGAGGAGGGUUUUGUGCAUAUAUUUCAAUAUUUCCAGGCUCAUUUGAGCUGUUUAUUUGCCAAUAUUGAGAUCCGCUGUGCUCAUGUGAGUUCUCUUUUGUACUUCUGUUUGUUUUCCACUUUAUUUUGUACAGUUUUCCACUCCUUGCUCACAUUCCUCCGGCGAUUUCUUCGAUUGUUGUGCCUGUAGACAUGUUUCCUCUUGUGUAUUUAUUCUUUUGUGGGUCAGGAUGUGUUGAAUGAAGCUGUGGUGUGUUUGUGUUGAAGCGAGUCCUGGAGUGUGAGACGCAGAUCGGUGGGUUUGUGGAAGCGCUGCUCCAUUAGUGUUGAUCAGUUCUGGGUUUUGUGCCUUUCCACAUGUUCAUCAUCUUACAGGAGCCGCUGUGGAGGAAACCCUCAAUAAAACACACACAGCUGCUUUUAGAA